CUACAUAGACGAUCCAUUCAAAAGCAUAAGCAAAAGGAGCGAGGCUGACAAGAAGGGUAACAGCGGGCUCGAAUGCGCUGAUUCGGAUAUUGAACUGUGGGUAGGGUGCUCGCAAGGAUCUUACGAACCGUAAUCAGCCUGAUGGAGCUGUAUCCGGAAAGAUAGGCAAGCUUUUAGAGGAUUUAUAGCAUUUGGAGUCUAUGUACAGUACAUGACUCCUAAUCGCCCACCGCAACAUCGCGAGCAGGUGUUUGACUUGGAAUACAAGAAUGGUCACCAGGAAAACGCGCAGCUGAAGCUCCAGCUAGAGGAGAAGGCUAAGAAAGAGAAGCAUCUUCAAGGCACUGUGUUGGAGUUGUCAAAGGAGGUCUCACGCGCAAAAGGAUUCGCAGAGUCGAGCAAGAUGCAGAGGACGGCAUGGAUGCACAUCGCGAAGGCUACAGUUACGGAGAGCAUGUCGGGGAAGGCCUCUACUGACGAAGUGGGCCGGCAUAAGCGAGACGCCGCCGAGCUUGGAUCUGAUAUCGAGCCUACACCCAAGAAGCAGAAGCGUGAGAGAGUUCCGAAGGUUGCCCCAUGCAGCAAGUGCUAUGUCAACAACCGAACGUGUGACACCGGAAGUCCCUGCGAACAGUGCAUAAUUAGGUCAAAGGGUUCAAAGUGCGAGCGGGUUAUGUGCAAGCACUUUAACAAGGGGACCUGCAAGUACCCCAACUGCACGUUCGCUCACGAAGGCGAUGGCUACCGCUAUCUCACCCCGUACAUCAAGUUGAAGCCAGCGAAGC